AUGUCGACGCUGCCAUUUCGUACCGAACCAACAGCAUUACGACGUUAUUUACGGGCACAGAGCGUGGAGACAAUAUGUCACGAGAUUAUGCCGAGUUUUCUGUCGAAUUUGCGUCAUUUUCCAGCUCUCGGAGACGAGAAAACCAGUAAUUCAGUACCUCUCGAGUCCAUUGGCGAAUUUCUUGAUACAAUUCUAUUGGCGCCUAUUGAUCAUGUACUGAUUCAAGAUAAUUCACAUCCUGACAUGGCUACAUUUAACUCUUCGCGUGAUGUAUUUCCACCAAUCCCACGCGAGCAUUUUUUCCUCACGUAUCAAUCCAAAACCACGGCGCAAGUGCUAUGUGGCUACAUUUUUCAACGCAAUGACAUUGUUUUUAACUGUAAAACGUGUCAAUCGGAUGAAACGUGUGUCUUGUGUCUCAAAUGCUUUCAAAAUGGAAAUCAUCAAGGUCAUGAGGUUUUUUUUUCAUCGAACAAGUCCAGGUGGAGUGUGUGA